AUGCAUUUCAAUAUUCCAUUCAUUCACAACGACGGCCUGAAACCUGCCUCCCUCUCUCCCGUUCUUCAGCAGUCCAUGCUCGCGGACCUUCUCCCACGCGGUGACGCCCUCCGCGCAAUCAAUAACGACAUCGAACGGGUCCUUCUUCCACUCUGGGACCUCCCACCAGUUGCGCUCGCGGUAGUUGACGACCAUAUGUGCGCCGCAGCGCGUGACGAGCUCCUCAUCCGUGGACGUGGCGGCCACAUACGCGGCGCCCUUAUUCCUUGCAAACUGGAUAGCCAUGGUGCCAACCGCGCCGCUCCCGCCCAGCACGAGGACGCGGUCGCCCUCCUUGACCUGCGCGUCCUCAACGGCCAGCAUGCCAUUGCUGGGCCCGUCGGCCAUGGCGGCGGCCUCGAGCCAGGUGGCGGCGGGCGGCUUCCGGAUGGCCAGGCUGGCGUCGACGAGGGCGUACUCGGCGAGGGCGCCCAUGCCGAAGCCGUCCCACGUGGCGAUGACGUGGUCGCCCACGGCGAAGCGGUCCUCGCCCGGCGCGACGGAUUCGACCACGCCCGCGACGUCGCCGCCCGGCACGUACGGCCACGCCUUGGGCUUCUUCACCACGUCCGCGUCGCCCGUCGACAUGCGGUAGUCGCUCGGGCUCAGCGACACGGCACGUACGGACAGCAGCAGCUUGUCCUUGGGGCACGGCGCGGGCGGGCGGGCGACGCCGUCGACGACGGUCAGCACGUCGUCGAUGGGGCCGAAGCGGGAGAUCUGGGCGGCUCGCAUGGUGGUCGUUGCGGGUGGUGGAUGCGGGGGGUGGAUGCGGGAGGUGGAGGAGGGUGGUGGGUGAGGGUGGCAGGGGAGGGGCGGGGAGGGGGGGAGGGUUUUAUGUUGGGGAAGGGCAUGUUCGUGCGGACAUGUGUUUGUUAG